AUGGAGUUCGUCAAGGCUGCAUGCCAGCCGUUUCUAAAAAAACCCAAAGAAGGAGGCAGCAAAAAGAAGUUCUGGAACAAAAGAAUGGAGCAAUCAUCACAAGAGCCUUCAAACAAGCAACAAACUGUGGCAUUGCACGCUGAUAUUGUUCCUGUUGUUGUUCCUGCUUCUAUACCUACCACUACUUCUGCUACUUCAGCAACUCGAUUCGAUAUGGAAAUGCACUACAAAAACUACAACAGUAAGGGGCACUCUGCCCGUUUUUGUAAAGCACCAGCACAACCCAUCUCUCAAGUCUCCACUGUAGGAGUAAUUCAAGCUUGUUAUGAGUGUGGUGAAAUCGGGCAUUUCAAGAGAGACUGUCUAAAGACAAAAAAUGUUGGAGGUGUGGGCAGGAUUUCGGCAAUUGGCCACGAAGAAGCGAUGGCAGAUCCUACUGUGGUUACUGGUACGUUUCUUCUCAAUAAUUCUUAUGCAUGCAUUGUUUUCAAUAGUGGUGCGGAGAAAAGCUUCGUAAGCCAUCAACUCCAACAUCUACUAAAACAAAAUCCUCAAUCAUUAAACGAUACAUUCACAUUAGAGAUAGCAAACAGAAAGAACGAGAGCACAAAUGGCAUAUACAUAGGAUGCACACUUACUCUAAACAUCUAUUCUUUCCAAAUUGACCUUAUGCUGGUCUCAAUUAACAGCUUUCACAUUAUCAUCGGCAUGGAUUGGUUAAGUCUUCACCGUGCUGAUAUCCUAUGUUAUGUAAAAGCCAUUCGUCUUAAUCUGCCAAGUAGAAAAUCUCUCGUUAUCUAUGGUGACAAGCCCGUUUAUAAGACACAAGAAGUGAAAAGCAUCAAGGAUAUUCCUGAUGUCUUUGAUUUUCAUGAUGUAUUCCCUGAAGAUUUCCUAGGAGUUCCUCCUGAACGCCAAGUUGAAUUCCGAAUCAACUUGAUACACGAAGUUACCCUCAUAGCUAAAUCCCCAUAUCGUCUUGCACCAUUAGAGACGUAG